AUGUCGAUGGAAGAGAGCAUCUCGCUCGAAGAAACCAAUAAGAUCCGUAUCUCGCUCGGCUUGAAGCCGCUUACGGACGACGCGGCGCCCGCGGACGACAAGGAUAAGCAGGCGGAGGAUAAUUAUGCAAGGGAGCGGGAGCGGGAGGUGCAGAAUAAGGAGAAGAAGAAAGUACAGGAUCGUAUUGCCAAGUUGCGGAAUCAGCGCCAACUGAACGCCUCAUUACAAGGUACAACUCUCGGCGACGCCGACCCGUCCCUAGACGCAGAAGACGCGAAGAAAUGGGUCAAGAAAGCGAAGAAACGCGAGCGCGAACUGGCGAAGAAGCGCCAGGCGGAGUUGGAGAGUAUGGAAAAGGCUAUUCAGGAGGAGUAUACCGAGAAGGACCUCGAGGGUUUGAAGGUCAGCCAUGACUUUGAUGGACUGGACGAGGGCGAAGCUCGGAUUCUUACGCUCAAAGAUAGCCGGAUAUUGGACAACGAAGAGGACGAGCUCCAAAACGUCGAAAUGGCCGAAGAAGAGCGCACAAAAGAGCGCAACGACCUCAAGAUCAAGAAGAAAGACUACACCGGCUACGACGACGACGAGUUCGGCGACGGGCGCGCGGGCAUGAAGAAGUCGUUGUUGGCGAAGUACGACGACUUUUUGGAAGGGCCGAAGGAGAGCGGGUUCAGGCUUGGCGCGUCGGCUGUGGCCGAGGCGAGGAGUGUGGAGGAGAGGAAGAAGGAGGAGAUGGCGGCGGCGAGCGUUAAUAAGUCGUUGUUGUCGAUCGACUAUUCCAAGGGACUGGAAAUCUCGGAUUACCUCCAAAAAGGCGACGUCGGAUUCAAGAAACCCAAGAAGAAAUCCAAACGCUCGACGCGCAAGGCCGAGGCUAUCGACGAGGAGGCGCCCGCGACUGCGAAUGGGGAUGGGAUGGACGUCGAUAUCGUGCCCAUUGCGCGCGAACGGAACCUGGACGCUAAUUUUGUGGACGACGAUGAUCUACAGGCUGCGCUUGCGCGGACGAGGAGGGCGAAGAUGAAAGCGAAGAAGUUGACGCCGGAGGAGAUUGCGCGGAAGAUUGCGGAGGAACGGGCACAGUCGACGCCCAAUGGCGAUGCGAUCGACGUUGACGCCGAGCCGGAUGAGAAAGGCGGCCUUGUGAUCGACGACACGUCCGAGUUUGUUCGCGCGAUCAACUACGAGCCUGUCGUAGUCAAGAAAGAAGUCCGAGAGCAGAGCGCAGUACCUGCACCCUCCGCCGCCGCACCUCCUCCACAACCAUCUCAAGUCACGGACGAACCUAUGGAGGGCGUUGAAGUGGCCGUAAAAGAGGAAGACGAAGAAGAGGACGAAGGCGCGAUACUCAAUGCCAUUGAGAGCGCAUUGAACGAGCAAGAAGCCGAGGAUCGCGCAAAGGCCAAUGCAGGAGGGGAGGUGGAAGUCGGAACUUCCGCCGAACAAACCUUCGGCUCCGGCCUCGGCUCAACCGUCAACAUCCUCCGCCAACAAGGCCUCCUCGCCCCGCCCACCGCCGACCUCCGCGAGCGCGAGCGUAUCCAGCGCGAACGCGACCUCUGGCUCGCGGAUCAGCGGCGCCGAGUCGCCGAGCGCGAGCUCGAGCGCCUGCGCGCAAGGGGCGCGCCGAAGGACCAGGCGCAGCGCGAGUACGAGAACCGCGUGCGCGAGCAGCAGGAGGCGCGCGCGGCCGCCGAGGCGUUCAGGCAUUACAAGCCGGACGUGAACAUCGUGUACCACGACGAGUUCGGGCGCGAGCUCACGCCGAAGGAGGCGUGGAAGGCGCUGAGCCAUCGGUUCCACGGGAAGGGCUCGGGCAAGAUGAAGACGGAGAAGCGGCUGAAGAAGAUUGCCGAGGAGAAGAAGCAGCAGGCGAUGCUGAGCAGCGAUACGCCCACGGGCAUGAGCGCGGCGUUUGCGGCGCGGCAGGAGAAGACGGGCCAGGCGCAUUUCGUGUUGAGUGUGGGCAAUCGGGGGACGGUGCCGCAGGCGGAGGGGUAUUUGGAUCCCGGGCCGCUUGUUAAGAAGGGAGGGAAGACGGAGAAGAAGAAGGAGAGGAAGGAUAAGGCUGGCAAAAAUGCGGGCGGCAUCCAGACGCUUGAUGGGGGGUUCAUGACGGUUCCGGCGCCUGUGAGCGCUGUGGCGACUGCUACUGCUACGCCUAGUCCGAACGCGUCGCCGGCGCCUAGGGCGGGCUUUUCGAGGAUUGCGAGCUUUACGGCCGAGAACUCGCCCAGUGGUCCCGGAACACCUGCGCCGUCUGAUCGCUCAAAGGUUGCCUUCGGAUUCGGGACGAAGAGGAAGGCGGGAGAGGAGGCGGCUGGGACGCCGCCGCCCAAGUCGGCGCGCGUGUAG